AUGGGAAGACUCAUCAAGAACCACUGGGCCCGCUUGAUCAUCCUCACGGCCGCAAUCUAUCAAAUCGGCAGCGCGGUCGAAGGGUUCAUCUGGCCCAAAUUCUUCUGGGACUUCACCACAAAGAACCUCAACGGCGCCGUAAAACCCACGCCGAUCCUCCAGAUUCUCAAUCUGCUCAUGGGCCUGCUCGGCAUCGCCUGGGAAUGGCCACUGAACCUCGUCGCGGGCACCUUACCACACCGCAGCAUCGAAGUGCGGCUCAUCAUGUACCCGCUGAGCGCUCUCUUCGCAGCUCUUUUAUAUCAGGGGACGGAUCCUGCGAUAUACUAUCUGAUCGGUAUCGUGGUGUACUUUUGGGCAUACACCGAGGGCGAGGUGAGAACCAACACCACAUUUUUCACGGUGAAAUGGUCUAAUGAAAACAGGUCGUGUGUGCUGAACCGUGGACAUUGCCGAAACGACACGCCAUCAAAGUAUAACGAAAAGACCGCUUACCCUGAAGAACUCAAUACACUUACGAAGCGAAUUAACACGACGAAUUUUACGAAUCAUGAUUAUGCAUGCAAUGGGAACGGAAUAGGCGUUGAGAUUUGA